GUGUGGAACAGCUAACAAGUGUUGUUUGUUAUAGUGUUUGAACAGUUAGAUAGUGCAGAUGGGCGGGAUCAGUGCAAUGUGUUACUAGAAAGAUACUUCUUUAAACCUGUUUGGAAUUACCUACUCGCUCUAUUCAGACUUGCAAAUGAACCCAAAGAGAUUGCUUUAGCUUUCAUAAUGACUGAGAACCAGUCCUGUGUACCGCAGACAUUUGCAGUAAGAGAGAAACUUUGCUUAGGAGCAGUCGAAGCGAAUGAUGAAGAUCCAUACCAGUCUGCUGUCACAGAACUUGUAGACAUUAUCAAAUGUUCAACAAUGUUAGAAAAGUUAGACUGUUUGGUCAGAUCAUCAAAAGAAGUGAUGCAUUGUGUUGAAUUGUAUUAUAAAGAGAGAGAUCAGGAAGCGCCAAGUCUGGGAGCAGAUGAUUUACUACCUGUACUGUGUUAUAUUGUUGUUAAAAGUAGCUUACCUCAGCUUGUAUCAGAAUGCCAUGCAAUGGAAAAACUUAUACAUGAAGGGUAUAUGUUCGGUGAGGAAGGUUACUGUCUAACAUCAUUUCAGACGGCCAUUAAUUAUCUCAUAUCUGAAUGUAUUGGAAACCAGGAGGCUUGAUGUGACUGACAUUAAAUAAAGCACUCUUUUACGAUUAUAUCAUAUAAUUAUAUGUGAUAUUUCACUCAUUUAUUAUGCCCCACUUCAAAGAAGUGGGGGUAUAUUGCUUUGCAUUUCUGUCUGUCAGUCUGUCCAUCAGUCUGUAGACCAAAUGGUUUCCGAGUGAUAACUAGAGAAUGCAUUGGCCUAGGAACUUCAAACUUGGUAUGAUUAUUGUUCAUGACCAACAGAUGACCCCUAUUGAUUUUGGAGUCAAGGAGGCAAAGGUUAAGGUCAUAUUGACCUUGUAGGUAAAAACAGCUUCCCAUCAAUAACGUGACGAGCUAUAGGCUAGUGGCCCUCAAACUUUGUAGGUGCAUUGGUCUUGGCCAGUAGAUGACCCCUUUGAUUUUGGGGUCAAAGGUCAAGGUGACACUGACCUUGUAUGUCAAAACGGUUUUCUAUCAAUAACUGGACAACCCAUGGACCAUUGACCUUUAAGCUUUACAGAUGCAUUGCUUUUGGUCAGAAAUGACCUUGAUGGAUUUUUUGGGUUAAGGGGUCAGAGGUCAAGAUCACAUUGACCUUAUAGGUAAAAUAUCUUUCUGAUAAAUAUCCGAACAACUCAUGGGCCCUUUACCUUCAAACUUCACAGGUGCAUUGGUCUUGGCCAGUAGAUAACCCCUAUCGAUUUAAGGGUCAAAGGUCAAUGUCAUAUUGACCUUGUAUUUAAAGACGGUUUCUGACCAAUAACUCAACAACUCAAGUUGUUGGGUUGAUAUUUUUAUAUUAAACCAAAACUGGUUUUGGUAUACACAUUCCAAGGUCUUAUGUAAUAUAACAACUUGGCUUUCGUUAAUGAGGCCUACUUGAUUCAUAAAAUUUAUGCAUAUAUUACUUAGUAAGAUUUAUAAUACUUUUGUCAUAAAAUCGCUGCGCACAACCUUUGCGGUCACAAUUGCCUAGUGACUAAUUAAUCCUUAUUGAUUUUAUAUUUUGGUCACUAGGUCAAAAGUCAGUCAUAAUAACAUAAUCACAUGACUAAUUGGCAGCCGAUAGGGGGCAUACAUGUUUUACAAAGAUAUCUUGUUUUUUUUUAACUUUGUUGAAUGAUGAUUUAUUUAUGAUGCAUUAUCUUUUACCAAAUGUGAUAAUUAAAUGUGACGCAGAUCAAGAAAAA